AUGUGUUAGAGGAACGUUAUAAUUCCCCUCUGUAUAAAAUCUUGACUGUGGAAGAUCUGCUAAAGUUCAAGUUAGUUUAUAGCUAUAGGAGAACAUACCAUGGCUGUUUUGAAGUAUUUGUUCGUGGUAAUGGCAGGUCUGACCUGCCUUGAGUGCAAAUAUUUGAAAGCAACCAAUACUCCGCAAACCAUUGAAACUUACGGGUACAGCUUCUGGUUGCAGUAUUCAAGCAAUAUGUUUCAAAGCUGGAGCAUUGAAACGGAAGAUAGCUUGAACGUUGUCGAGGUCAUGAUAGAUACGGAUAUUGAGACCUGCUGUGACAGUUUAGAACUAUUUGAUGGUCCUAACAGUGAAGCAGAUUCUCUAGGAAUAUUUCGCGGAACCUAUUCUGGGAAUAAAGUUACAAGUUCUGGUCGGCAGAUGUACGUGGUGUUCCGAAGUGACAGUUCAGUGCAGAGGAGAGGAUUUCGACUCGCAUAUAAACAGGUGGAUGAAAAGAAGGUUAUCUGGAUGAUUGUUGGAAUAGUUUUGGCAGUAUUAAUAACCAUUUUGAGCGUUUGUCUGAUCCUGUUCCUCUGUGGUGUGUGCAAGUCGAAGGACCAAGUGGCCUCCAUCCGACCUAACUAUGGACAGCAUCAGCAGCCUGUCUGGAUGAUUCCUAGGCCACAGAAUCACGUUCAGGUAGUUCCUGGGCAGUUUGUACCACCACCGACGUAUCAGGACGUUACCUAUCAGAAUCAGCAGGCUAUGGACAUGCAGGACAUGGACCGAGGAGUCCGGCCAGGAACAGCGGACAUGGCAAUGUCAAACGUAUCACGUGACAACAUAAUGGUAAAUUCACUACCACCAAGGCAGCAUUACGAGAGAACAUGAACGUUUGACUGGACGUCACUAGUGACCUGUGUUCGAACAUUUGACUGGACAUCACAACUGAUCUGUGCUGUGACAUUUUAUUGGUCGUCACAACUGAAUGUCACUUUAGUAUUGUAAUGAUUUUGUUCUUUAAUAUAUUUGCUAACAUACAUUUUGUUACUACCCUUUUUUGUUGUUCCCGCGUUUGAAAUGUUGAUGCUAUUUUGAUUUUCUUGUAUGAAGAUGUAUGACUAUGUCGUCAGAUAUUGUCACG